CUCACGCAACACAUCACCACCACCGCGCAACAUUCUCUCCCAACUCCAGCAAACGCUAACGCUUCGCUCUGCAUCAACGCACGCUCUCUCCCUUGCAACAACAACCGCUUCGUCCAAUUCCAGCAACACUUGACGAAACUCUCUCCCUUCAACACGGUCUGUGUUUUUUGUUCUCCUUCAAACCGGCAUCAACGUGCGUCUGUUUUGAUUCAGCUUCGCCGCUCUCCUCUCUCACAACGAGCUCGGUCAUCUGGUAAACCCGAACGCGCUCCGGGGGCGGCUCAAUCCUGUUCCGUCGUGCGAACCGCCAGCCAGUACUGUGCGUGACGGCUAGCUUGACACAUUCCGCGCCCGGGUCUCGCUGCCGUUUGACUGUCCGGGUUUCUGUUCGCGUCGAGUGUAAGCGUUUUCGGUGUUGUCGGUUCACGGUUCCUCUUCUUGCCCGGUGUGUGGUUCGCUGGAUGUUUGAUUAGUCUCGGGUGUCUUGGGACGUCGCCAGCGUUAUCUUGAGGGUUCGUCGGAACCGUUCGGAGAGGGGAAAGGCAGGUGUUGCGACGUCGUUGACUGUUGUUGGCUCUGAUCGGCAUCAGCUGUUCCGGUCAACGCUUGCUGCGGUACAGGAAGACUGCUGCGCCGAGAUUGUCGGUGCAGCGGAUGCAGAAUUCGACGUUGCGCUGGGUGUUGUGUUGGUUUUGCGUGUGAGGUUCUGCUGAACAAGCCAGAGCCGCAACUACAGGAAGAGAGGGAGUGCAGUGUGUCUAGCUCCGUGCUCGUCGUGUUUUAUUAAUAGAUAUUUAUUGAUGAUACACGGUUGAUAAUUUAAUAACCGGCAAAGCCGACGACGACGACGAAGAAUCGGCCGUGUUCAGUGCAGCGAAACGGGUGAUUCAGCGCGAAGAAGUGUGAACCCAGUAAUUGAAGGCUCGUCGGCGGCGGCAACUACAGCCAGAUGUAACAGAGAGGGCGCCGCGCCAAAGGAAAGCUGUACGAAAGAGAUCUCCGCCAAGUGAACGUGGUGCUGUGUGCUGGCACACAAACUCACACACGAAGUGUGAUGUUAUUUUUAAGUGAAUGAAAAAUUGGAAGCAAUUUGGCCUGCUCGUUGAGCGCGAAGAAGAAGCUGACAGGCAUGUGAAAGAGUGUGUGUGAGUGCUGCUCGGGAACGAUUUAAUUGUCAAAAUAGAAAUUAGGUGGAUGAAAUUCGACUAAUUGGAGAAUAAUUCAAGUGGACGACGGAUAGCCGCUACAGAGAGAGGAUUCGGCGGCGGCUGUUCAACGAAGGAACAACUGGUGCGUGUCGGCGGAAUCGCUCGCGACUUGUCAUCGCAGUAACCGCAGCGAGCGAGCAAAAAACUCACCGAAAUCGCGAACCAAAUUCACAGCUGGCUCUCGUCCAAAGAUCGCGACUAUGGACUCCUCCAGCAAGCAUCCCACAACAGUUCGAGAGAUCCCGUCGAAAUGAUGAAUUAAGUGUUGAAUAGCCGAGAGCUGCUGCCCGGGAGAGCAAAACACAAAUUAGACACUAACGCGAAACCAAUUUCUGUGCGAAAACAUUCCAUCGAGAGUAAAAGUGCGAACCUAACCUCACUUUUGUUGGAAUUCAAGUGGCCGAACGUGCGAAACUUUUGGAAUAGGUUAGGAAUUUCGACUUUGCGAGUUGAGGUGAAGUGAGUGGUGCGAAAGGUGAAUAGGAGCUUGAGAGGAGAGGAAUCACCGGAAGUGAUGGGAACUUUCGGUGACCACGGGAGGAGACACGGAGGAGCGGUUCCACUUGGGAUGAAGUCACGGAUCGGGUUUUGGUGGAUGGCGAUGGCACUGUUGGCAUCGUUCCAGCUGACAAAUGCUCAAUACCGCUCCCCGCGAAUCACAGAACACCCCUCGGACGCGGUCGUCCCCAAAAACGACCCCGUCACGCUCAACUGCAAGGCCGAGGGCAAACCGGCCCCCAUCAUCCAGUGGUUCAAGGACGGUGACCUGGUCAAGCUGGAUUCCAACCACGUCCUGCUCCCGUCCGGGUCGCUCUUCUUCCUGCGGACCGUCCACAGCAAAAAGGACCAGGACGAUGGGGUGUACUGGUGCGUGGCCAGCAACAAAGCCGGAACGGUUCACAGUCGGAACGCGACCCUGCAGGUGGCGGUUCUCCGCGAUGACUUUCGAGUUGAGCCGAAGAAUACGCGGGUUGCGGCCGGGGAGACGGCCCUGCUGGAGUGUGGCGCCCCGAAGGGCAAUCCGGAACCGACGAUCAUCUGGCGGAAGGAUGAUGUUCAGCUGGAGCUGGAUGACUACCGGAGUGGGAAGGAUUUGGCCCGGGUGCGGAUGGUGGAUUCGGGGAAUCUGCUGAUUAGUGACGUGAGGUCCGGGGAUGCUGGGCGGUACCAGUGUGUGGCGCAGAAUACCGUUGGAUCGAGGGAGAGUGUGUACGCGAAGUUGAUGGUGCUUGUGAAACCAUACUUCAUCGCCAAACCAGUGGACGUGACCGUGCUCGAAGGUCAGCGCGUGCAGUUUCAGUGUGCCGUCAGCGGUGAUCCCUUCCCGCAGGUCCUGUGGAGCAAGGAGGACGGCCACAUUCCGGUGGGCCGGGCCGAGAUCCUCGAGGAGGACCGCAGUCUGGUGAUUCGGAACGCCACCCCGGACGAUCGCGGACAGUACAUCUGCGAGGCGCACAACUCCGUCGGCCAGAUUAGUGCCCGGGCCAAUUUGGCCGUCAAUAUUCCCCCGAGCUUUACGUUGCGUCCCCAGGACCAGCGGGUGGUCCCGAACGGGGUGGCCACGUUCCGGUGUGCGGCCACCGGGAGCCCUGCGCCGUCGGUGUUCUGGACGAAGGAGGGCUCGCCGACGCUAAUGUUCCCGAACAACACGUACGGCGGAAUCCAGAUCGGUGGCCAGGGGGCGUUGCAGAUUCGCGGUGUCCAGCGGGAGGACGAGGGCUACUACGUGUGUUCGGCGCUGAGUGUGGCCGGAUCGGUGACGAGUCGGGUGUAUUUGCAGGUCACCUCCUCGCUGGACUCCAUCACCCCACCCCUGCUGCAGCUGGUCCCCUCGAACCAAUCCCUGCCGGCCGGUGCCAACACAAUCCUCCCCUGCCGACUUCCUGAUCCUUCAUCCUCAUCCACUUCCCCAUCAACUUCCGGCCAAAUCUCCUGGGAGCGCAACGGCAGCGAGCUGGCGACGACGGGCCGCUUCACGCAACUUCAAGGAGGCUCGCUCAAGAUAGACGAUCUUCAACGGGCGGACAGUGGCUGGUACCGGUGUGUGGCCAGGGCCGCCGGACAGGGCAGCAGCAUGGCAACGGUGUUUUCGGCCUGGAGUGCAUAUCUGGCGGUCGACGACAACCUCCCCGGACCCCAGCAGCGCACCUUCUCCUCGGACCAGGUGCCCUCCAUCCCGGGCUCCCCGAAGGCCGUCAACAUCACCAACAGCAACGUCACCCUGGCCUGGUCCCGUUCGCAGGACAAAUCCCGCUCCCACACCCCGCUCACCUACACCGUCGAACAGUUCAGCCCCGACUCCACGUCUGAUGACCUUGGCUGGACGGUGGCCCUGCGUGGCAUCGCUGGCAACACCGCCACCGUCACCGGCCUCUCGCCGGAAGUGUCCUACAUCUUUGCGGUGCGGGCGGAAAAUGCGUUCGGCUAUUCGGCGCCCUCCCCGCUGUCCGCCCCCAUCCGGACGCUGUCCUCGGACGACCGGGUCACCGUGCCGGAAGAGAUGGAAAUGGCACGGAGCGUGCUGAACGGGAAGAUCCUCGAACUGAUCGACAUCGUCCCGCUCUCCUCGACCUCGGUCCGUCUCGAGUGGCUCCUUCACGUGAGCGCCUCCGAACAGUACGUCGAGGGGUUCUACGUGCGCUACCGCGAGCUGGACUCCAGCACCCAACGCUACAGCAUGCUGUCGAUCCCGAACAACGAAAUCGAAAGCCACAUCAUAACGAAUCUGUCCAAAUUUACCAAGUACGAGUUCUUUUUGACGCCGUUCUUCAAGAACUUGGAGGGUCAGCCGAGCAACGCUCGCAUUGUGCAGACCAUGGAAGAUUUGCCGAGUUCUGCGCCGGGGAACAUUCAAACCGGGAUGAUGAACUUGACGGCGGGUUGGGUUCGGUGGAGUCCGCCGGCGAAGGAUCAGAUCAACGGGAUGCUUCAGGGGUACAAGAUUCAGGUUAAGGCGGGGAACAUUUCGAAGUUGCUGGCGCAGAUGACGCUGAACUCGAGCACGACUUCGGUGAUGUUGAACAAUUUGACGACUGGGAGUAGUUACAGCAUCCGGGUUGUGGCGUUUAACCGGGCUGGGUUGGGACCGUACUCGAAGCCGGUUCACUUGGUGAUGGAUCCUAGUUUUGUGAUUGUUCCGCAAGGGGUUCACAAUAGUUACAAUGAUUAUGAGGACUUUCGGCAUCACAACUUUCUGCACGAGACUUGGUUCAUGAUCUUCGUAGUUUUGUCUUUGUUUAUCAUUCUUUUGUUCACGAUCGUUGGAGGAGUGAUCUUCUUCAAGCGAAGGCAAGGCCUCGGCAAACCCGUUGUAACGGUUCCGAUUGGAGCGAGGAGAGAUUUGCCGAACUUGAGUGUAACUAGGAAGGAUAAUGGGAUUUGGAUUGAUCGCGGCUGGAGGACGUGUGACACGGACAAGGACUCCGGGUUGAGUUCGAUCAAGCUGCUGGAGGGAAGUCAGAUGUACCCGAACCAGGCGUUGUCCGAUGGAGGGACGGACUAUGCGGAGGUGGAUCCGAGGGGAGUCACGUCGUUUUAUAACUGUAGGAAGUCCCCGGAGAGUCCCACCCCGUACGCGACGACGAUGAUCAUCAACGGCAUCCCGCACAGCGACGGUGGCGGCGAUCUAAGCUACCAAGGUCACGACACCUUCUCGUCGACCUCGUCCAGCUUCCGGUCGUUUUACGGCUACCCACGGCCGGUGAACAGCAAUCAAGUUCCCCCCAACUGGGUCGACUACCUGCCACCGCCGCCGGAGCAUCCCCCGCCGGCCCCCCAGCAGCUGGACAUUGCCCACCUGAACCACGUGAUCUACCCGUCCGAAAUGCUGGUCGCCGGCGGUCCACCCGGAACCGCCUCCUCCCACAGCAGCUCGUACUGCUCGCGGCGAACGUCCGGCUACAAGUGAGAUCCGGUCGCCGGCAGCCGCUGCUCCAUCAACCACUACCUGAUGAUCGGAAAUCGCGCGGCCGCGGCGGAGGUCGUCCCCCAGAACUGCUACUAACCUUAAACAACAUGAAAAACAAA